GUUGGCUCCUCAAACCCAGAAAUUUGAAGAAAAUAAACACCGAGAGCAUAAUGUGGUCAAUAAUGGAUCUCGUGAGAACUCUCUGCUCCAGAGUCGUUAACCAGUUCAUCCACAAAGACUUCCAUGAAGCCGUUUCCAGGAUGACCAUCAUCGAUACCUUUCUGUUCCUCAUUGUGCACUCCGUGGACAAGAUGGGGAUAUGGCCACGCCUGCCAGUGUUCCUGGGGCUGUUCUACCUGGCAAUAAGGAGGCAUCUUCACCAACAGUACAAUCUGAUCAACGUCGGGAGGACUCCGGUGGGGGUGAGGUUCAAUCCCGUGGAUUUCCCCUACAGAACUGCUGAUGGCAAGUUCAACGACCCCUUCAACGAUGGUGCUGGAAGCCAAGGAUCUUUCUUUGGCAGGAACAUUCUUCCUGUUGAUCAGAAAAACAAGCUUUUGAAGCCGGACCCCAUGGUGGUGGCCACAAAACUUCUGGCGCGCAGAACUGUCAAGGACACUGGGAAGCAGUUUAAUAUGAUCGCAGCUUCCUGGAUUCAAUUCAUGAUACAUGACUGGAUCGAUCACUUGGAGGAGACCGGCCAGGUGGAACUGAGCGCACCAAGGGAAGUUGCAAGCCAAUGCCCACUCAAGUCUUUCAGAUUUUACAAGACGAAGGAAAUCCCCACAGAUUUUUACGACAUCAAAACCGGUGCAGUAAACAUUCGUACACCUUGGUGGGACGGAAGCGCCAUAUAUGGCAGCAACGCAAAGGUGUUAGGGAGAGUGAGGACAUACAAAGACGGGAAGCUAAAGAUAUCCAGAGACGGCACCCUUCUCCACUCCGAUGAUGGAGUCGCCAUCGCCGGUGACGUCCGUAAUAGUUGGGCCGGCGUCUCCACCUUGCAGUCCCUCUUCAUUCAAGAGCACAAUGCCGUCUGCGAUGCUCUCAAGAGAGAAUACCCAGAUUUGGAAGAUGAGGAUCUUUAUCGCCAUGCUAGGCUGGUGACUGCAGCUGUCGUCGCCAAGAUUCACACCAUUGACUGGACCGUCGAACUCCUCAAAACUGACACUCUGCUCGCGGGAAUGCGAGCCAACUGGUACGGAUUAUUGGGAAAGAAAUUCAAGGACACGUUUGGGCAUGUGGGAGGAGCGACUCUCGGGGGAAUCGUGGGCAUGAAGAAGCCAGAUAAUCAUGGGGUUCCGUACUCUCUCACCGAAGAAUUUGUAAGCGUCUACAGGAUGCACCCCCUCCUGCCCGAUUCCCUCAAGCUCAGAGACAUCUCCGCCACUCCUGGACCCAACAAGUCUCCCCCCUUCAUUAAAGAGAUUCCAAUGCCGAAUUUGAUCGGACUGCCCGGAGAGAAGGCCUUAGGAGAGAUUGGAGCUCAAAGGCAACUUGUAUCCAUGGGCCACCAAGCUUGCGGUGCUCUUGAGCUUUGGAACUAUCCACUUUGGCUGAGAGACCUGGUCCCACAGAACGUGGAUGGCACUGAGAGGUCCGAUCACGUCGACCUGCCGGCUCUUGAAAUAUACAGAGACAGAGAGAGGAAUGUGGCGAGGUACAACCAGUUCCGGAGGGGGAUACUGUUGCUGCCAAUCACGAAAUGGGAGGACCUGACGGACGACAAGGAAACAAUACAGGCACUGCGAGAGGUGUACGGCGACGAUGUGGAGGAGCUGGACACGCUGGUAGGUCUCAUGGCGGAGAAGAAGAUCAAGGGUUUCGCCAUCAGCGAGACAGCCUUCGUCAUAUUCCUGCUCAUGGCCACCAGGAGGUUGGAGGCGGACAGGUUCUUCACCAGCGACUUCAACGAGGAGACGUACACGAAGAAGGGGCUGGAAUGGGUGAACACGACGGAGAGCCUGAAGGACGUCAUAGACCGUCACUACCCAGAAAUGACCCACAGGUGGAUGAACUCUUCAAGCGCAUUCUCUGUCUGGGACUCCCCUCCUAACGCUCACAAUCCCAUCCCUCUCUACCUCCGCGUUCCCCACUAGGCUUCCUUACGCUUUGUUUGGGUCUUUUUAAUUCGGAUCCAGUCCCCUUCCUUGCCUGUUGCCGGAUCUUUGGGUUUGAUCACUUUGGGCUGGGCCGCGUGUACCAAAUGCCUGCUUGUGCUUGGACUGCUGAAUGAAUUUCAAUAAUAUCUUGCUGUCUAUUUUAGACUUUGUGUUUAGUCCCCGUUGAAAUAUAAAUCGCAUAUUUGGGGUAUAGCGAUCGAAAGAAAGCUAUGGCUAUGUGGUGAUAUCUAAUCUAAGCACAGGAUCAGUAAAUGGCAAAGCAACGAUUAAUUAUUGGAAUUUAGUGUAGUUUGUUGCCAGAAAUAGGAGACACGUAUCGAACAGAGACGCAGCAACUGAUCCACUAAAAUUUGGACUUGUGUGACCAGAUGCUGCUUUUCAUCCACCAAUCUGAUUGAUUCAAUUUAACCGGAGUGUCGAGUUUUGAUUUAA